UAUCAUUGCUUCAAACAUCUUCUAACUUAUUAGUACUUUAGCAGAUUAACAAGUUCAAUAUGCUUCAUCUCUUGGAAAUCAAGGCUACUAUUAGCUACAUCAGAGAAAUGCAACCAUCCGGUGGUCCGGAUGAUGAAAAUAUGCCAUACUUCUUUACUCUGAAAUGCGAAGGAUGUGGCGCUGUUACGGAAGAACAGUGCUGUUAUAUGAGUGGCGCAUUUCCCCACAACGGGAAAGAAGUCAACCAUGUGGCAAAGUGCCAAGGAUGUGAUAGGGAAGGAACCGUUACGCUCAUUCCCGGUUAUGGCUCAAAGUUCACCGGAGGGGAUUAUACCCCUCUGAUGAUGUUUGAUUGUAAAGGUUUAGUCCCAGAGGACUAUAAUUUCAAUGGGGGCUGGAAGCUUGUCACUGAGUCCGGCCACAAAAUCGAGGCAGACUUGCUAGGGGGGAAGUUUGAGGGCACCAAAGACGAGAAUGGUAAUCGCCCUACUGUGAAGGAUUGCAAGGGAAGGUUCAAGGUUAAACACGUGUGAUCGUCGUCAUGUUCUCUGAUAUUAGGAAAUUUCAAUAAGAAGUUGUUUAAUUUUCCUAAGUUUAUCUCAUGUUUUUAUCAGUUGUCUAACUAGGAGGUGUUGUUUAUGUUUAAUAGUAGGAGGAAUGAGGCUUUUGUUUUGCUGGAAAUGACUAUGGAUUCCAUUACUCCUCAAUUUGUUUACCAUCUCUUUGUCUAUCUGUUCUCAUUACUGCAAGCAAAUUUUAUUAUUCUCAGAU